UCACUGUCACACACAGACGACUGUGAGAGAAAAUGAGACUGAAUCCUAUCAGUGUUCGUGGUAAAAGGACAGAAGCCAGAGUUGCAGUGGAUGUAAACGAGUUAAGUUGUGCAAUCUGUCUAGAUCUACUAAAGGAUCCAGUAACUAUUCCCUGUGGACACAGUUACUGUAUGAGCUGCAUUAAGAGCUGCUGGGAUCAGGAAGAUCAUGUUGGAGUUUACAGCUGCCCCCAGUGCAGACAGACCUUCAUACCCAGACCUGUUCUGGGCAGAAACACCAUGCUGGCUGAAGUGGUGGAGAAACUGAAGAAGACUGGACUACAAGCAGCUACUCCUGCUGACCAGUAUGCUGGACCUGGAGAUGUGGAGUGUGACGUCUGUACUGGGAGAAAACACAAAGCUGUCAAGUCCUGCCUGGUGUGUCUGGCCUCCUACUGUGAAACUGACCUGCAGCUUCACAACAAACUCCACCAUGCAAAACAGCACAAGCUCAUUGAUGCCAUCGGCCAUCUGAAGGACAAGGUCUGUUCCCACCAUGACAAACCCCUGGAGGUCUACUGCCGUACCGACCAGCAGUGUAUCUGUUAUCUCUGUACGAUGGAUGAACACAGAGGCCAUGAUACAGUCUCAGCUGCUACAGGAAGGGCGGAGAUACAGAAACAAAUGGGUGAAACACAGAGGGAAUUUCAGCAGAGAAUUCAAAUGAGAGAGAAGGAGCUGCAGGAGCUGAGAGAGGCUGUGGCCUCAUUCACAAGCUCAGCACAGUCAGCAGUGGAGGACAGCGAGAGGAUCUUCACUGAGAUGAUCAGCUCCAUUGAGAGAAGAUGCUCUGAGGUGACAAAGCUGAUCAGAGAUCAGGAGAAGGCUGCAGUGAGUCAGGCUGAAGGAGACAUGGACAGACUGAAGCAGGAGAUCGAUGAACUGAAGAGGAGACACUCUGAGCUGGAGCAGCUUUCACACACAGAGGAUCACAUUCAUUUCCUCCAGAGGCGCCAGGCUCUUCCUGUCACUCCUGAAGCUGGAUUUGGACCCAGAAUCUCUGUCAGUCCCAGAUCUGAUUUUGGGAAUUUGAGGAAGGCGGUUUCUGAACUGAAAGAUCAACUGGAGAAUUUUUGCAGAAUGAAAAUGGCAGAGAUCCAUCACCAGUUACCAAAGACACCGUCCUACCGGUAUUAGUGCCCAGGACCAGAGCAGAAUUCUUACACUACACUCAUGUCUCCACUAAGAUCUCUACAUGCUUGGCAGACAUCUCAUCUUGGAUGACCACUCACCAGCUAAAACUCAAAACUAGUAAAACUGAGUUGCUUUACAUCCCGGCUGACUCAUCCCCCCUCCAGGACCUUGCGAUCUCCUUUGACAACUCCCUGAUCCGUCCUUCGGUUUCUGCUAGAAACCUUGGAGUUACCAUAGAUGAUCGG